CCGUCGUGCCCCGCGGGCGGAAGCGGAAGCGGCGGGCGGACCGGAGGAGCCGGCGCGGGGAGGCAGAUGGCGGAGUCUGGGCCGCAGCCCCCGGGGGCCCCGAGCCGGCACGAGAAGAGCCUGGGGCUGCUCACCACCAAGUUCGUGUCACUGCUGCAGGAGGCCAAGGACGGCGUGUUGGACCUCAAGCUGGCAGCGGAUACGUUGGCAGUGCGGCAGAAACGGCGAAUCUACGACAUCACAAAUGUUCUGGAGGGCAUUGGGCUGAUCGAGAAGAAAUCCAAGAACAGUAUCCAGUGGAAAGGGGUGGGCCCGGGCUGUAACACCCGCGAGAUAGCCCACAAACUCAUUGAGCUGAAGGCAGAGAUAGAGGACCUGGAGCAGCGUGAACAGGAGCUGGAGCAGCAGAAGAUGUGGGUCCAGCAGAGCAUCAAAAACGUCACAGAAGAUGUACAGAACAGCAGGUUGGCCUAUGUGACGCACGAAGAUAUCUGCAAGUGCUUCACAGGAGACACCCUCCUAGCAAUUCGAGCCCCAUCAGGCACUCGGUUGGAGGUUCCCAUUCCGGAGGGCCUGAAUGGACAGAAGAAAUAUCAGAUCCAUCUGAAAAGCACAAGUGGUCCAAUUGAUGUCCUCCUCGUAAACAAAGAUGCUUUGAGCUCCCCCCCUGUGGUGCUCCCUGUCCCUCCCCCUGAAGACCUCAUUCAGUGCCAGCCAGUCGUGCCUGCUAAACCACAGAGGUCGCCUGUUGACCACUUCCAGGAGGCAUCUGUCCCCAGCAGUACGCACCCGUCCACGCCGACACCAAGCAGCACUCAGGACCACAGCCCGGCUGCACAGAAAACAACGAGCCCAGAUUGCAGCGUUUCAGCAACAGAGUCCAAGAGCAGCAGCGACUUCGACCCUCUCGGCUCAGUGGCCACUCCAGCCAGCCAGCAGGCGGUGUUAGAUACGCAGCCGCUCCAGUCAUCUGCCUCGCUAGACAGCAGCUCCGUCCUGCCCAAUCCCUCUACCUCCUUUGAGCCAAUCAAGCCAGAUCCCACAGAGAUGCUGGAACUUCCCAAAGAACUUUCGGAGAUGUUUGAUCCAACACGAGAAUGUAUGAACUCCGAACUGCUGGAAGAGCUGAUGUCAUCUGAAGUAUUUGCUCCCUUGCUCCGCCUCUCCCCUCCCCCUGGAGACCACGACUACAUCUACAACCUGGAUGAGAGCGAGGGCGUCUGCGACCUCUUCGACGUGCCUAUCCUCAACCUCUGACUCCCCGGUGCAGCGGCCGGGCUGGUGAACGGACUGUCUUGUAGCUGGCUUUGGAAAGUCUCGCUCUUCGGAUGCCUUUUGUGCUACUGCUGGAUGAGAGUCAGAGGGGCUCUUGGCCGGACUAGAACCAAGACAUGGACUUGCGGACUGGGAGCCUCGCCGUAGCGUCUCUCUUCUGGCGUGUGCAACACGGCGUCCUCGAGUUACCUCACCCUGCUGCGUCUCUGUCUCUCCACUGGAUCCUAGGCCUCUUUUGACAGGCUCCGUGUUUGAACCUUCCCCGUAAAGCUUUGCCCAUGUGCCUCUCAGAGCUUCCUCCCACCCGCAUGCCUUGGAUUUCCUGCACUUCCAGAGGCACUUUGCAUCUCCUAGGCAUCAGCUGCUAGACAGCGUCAUAGUAUGAUGGUCAGCUCCAAGCCCAGUUAGCUGAGCCUGUCAGUGUGCGGCAGCCUUGACUCCUCUCCAAGUAGGGUGGUCACGCUUGGCUGUGAAAAUUGGCCCUGUGAGCUCUGGUCCUCAGUGACUCCAGCUAGUUCAUUUGACAAGUGAAAAGCAAUUGGCAGCUGAGUUGAGUCAUGCAUUUGCGCCUCCCCCCCCCUCCCCCCCCCCCUCAAUUAGGCCUUGUUAGUUAAACCUCUGUGCUGAUGCAUGAAGAGGCUCUGUUCGCACUCCCCACCCUGGAGCUGUGCUGAGGGGCCAUUUUUUCUGACAUCUGGGAAUCAAUCUGUUCUCCCCACCUCACACUUGAGCCUGGGUCGGUGUGGCAGGAGGCGGAGGUGGACCCAUUCGGUAGCACUUUGCCAUGACAAGCUGGGUCUGUUUUGCUGACGUACAGAUAGCAGUGACCUCUGAGGCAGACCAAGCAUCUGCUCCAGGGCCGGGCUUGCCAGUGUGUUAGGGGUCCUUCCCCUGUGGCCCUAUGCCUUUGCUUUCCCUUCCUGAUCUGGUGGCAGGGUGCUACCUGGUGUGAUGCUCUCUCUGUGUCUCCCCCCUCCCGCCCAGCUUUUCCUCAUCGCUUGUUAAUGGAAGGUCUCCUGUAACUUUUGGCAAUGCGAGGUUCUCUGCCUCGCAUGCCUCUCUGCCUCUGAAUUUUGGUCGUUGGAAUAGAAAGCCCCUCUGCAGGUGGUGCAGUCUGUCUCUGGGUUUGCACUGUGUUUGCCAGGCUCUACCUCCCCUGAUUCUGGAUUUGAGAAAAUGUUCGCUUUGCACCUUUCUUGAACAUCCGACUGCAGCUGCUCUCCUGCUUCUGCUGGCCGCAGAGCUGCUAACACUGGGGCUGGAUCUAGAAAUGCUGCUGCUCUCAGCAAACAGGCUAUCCUCUAGCAGCUGUCACCCCCCCCCACCCCCCCCAACGGUUGACUGCUCCCAUCAGCCGCCUGGUCCCUCUGUAGGACAGAGCUGGCCCUGACUGCUGUCCAGCGAGAGGGAAUGAGUCGGGAGAUCCCGUGUGGAACAAGCAUUGGAAACCCUAGAGGAGCAGGCUGCGGCCAGGGUGUCUCCUUUUCUGGUUCAGCUGCCAGCAGUGAGCAGCUAGCACUGGAGAGAGAGAUGAAGGUCCCAGAGGGACAACAGACCUCCAGAUCCACAUGCAUCAGUUCCUAAACAUCUCUCCUCUUUUGCAUGGGAGCUGCUUGGAACCUGGGGGGCCAGGGUGUGCAUUAGCCUAGACUCCAUGGCCUUUGUGAGUAGCUAGAGUUCUCUCUGUACUGCCUGGCCUUGCUCUCUCCUUCAAGCUGUUGAUUUCUUGCCAUCAGUUAGAUGAUGUUUGGAAAAGAUAUUUAGUGAGAAUUUACGGUAACAAAUGAACUUGGAUUCGUAUAUAAAGAUUAUUUUUAUACCUUUUGCAGCAAAAGAAAAUUGCCUGUAAUAUUUGUACAGUGUUCUCGGAGUGAAUAAACUGAACCUUUCAGA